CAUGGCAACCGCAAAUACCUCAUCCCUCCUCGGUCCACCGGAACUCUACCAUUCCCAAUCCAAAACCUCCGUCCCACCGCCUUCUUCAACCGUCGUUUCACACCCAUUCAUCAAUGCCAUGGUCUCCAGCUUCAACUCCAUCGCCACUUCCCCCAGUCCACCUCCGGCCCUGAUGGGUUACACCGAAAACAUGUCUGCUACGUUUCUCUCAACCGGAAACCCUUGUCUCGAUUUCUUCUUCCAUGUUGUCCCCUACACUCCACCCGAAUCUAUAACCCAACGUCUGAACGAAUCAUGGGACCACGACCCGUUGAAAACUUUAAAACUAAUCUGCAAUCUUCGUGGGGUUCGAGGGACGGGAAAAUCAGAUAAAGAAGGGUACUAUAUCUCGGCUUUAUGGCUUCAUAAAAACCAUCCCAAAACUCUCGCCAGCAAUGUGGAUUCUUUGGCCAAAUUUGGGUAUUUUAAGGACUUGCCUGAGAUAAUGUAUCGACUUCUAGAAGGAGCUGAUGUUCGACAAAAAGCAAAAGAGGAACGUAUGCAACGAUCAAAUCAUCGGUGCCGGAGGAAAAGUAAUUGGGCACACAAUCGGUUGAGGGGCUCAAAAAAGAACAGAGUGCCGCAAGAGGUAAGAAUUAUGGAGGAGAUGAAGAGAGUGGAGAUCAAGAAGUCAAAUGCAAGCAAGAUUAGAAAAGAGAAGAGGAUCAAGAUGGCUACAAAAGCUAUCCAACGGUAUAACACUGACCCAGAUUACAAGUUCUUGCACGAAUGUGUCUCUGAUCUUUUCUCCAAGCUUCUGAGAUCUGACAUCAAGUUCUUGGAAGAAGGAAAGUCGAGAAAAAUCAGUCUUGCUGCCAAAUGGUGUCCUUCAAUAGAUUCAUCUUUCGACAAGUCAACUUUGCUUUGCGAAAGCAUUGCAAAAAAAGUUUUCCCGAGAGAAGAGUACUCGGAAUAUGAGGGCAUAGAAGAAGCACAUUAUGCUUAUCGUGUCCGUGAUAGGCUAAGGAAGCAAAUUUUGGUACCUCUUCGAAAAGCUUUGGAGUUACCAGAGGUUUACAUAGGAAAAAAUCAAUGGAGCUUGAUCCCAUAUAAUAGAGUAGCUUCCGUAGCCAUGAAAUUAUACAAAGAGCACUUUCAAAAGCACGAUGGGCCAAGGUUCGAGGAGUUUCUGGAAAAUGUGAGGUCGGGUAAGGCCAAGAUCGCAGCAGGUGCAUUGCUACCACACGAUAUCAUAUCAUCCUUGGAAGAUAGCGACGGUGGUGAGGUGGCAGAGCUUCAAUGGAAAAGAAUGGUGGACGAUAUGGCAAAAAGAGGAAAGUUGAACAACUGUUUGGCGAUAUGUGAUGUUUCAGGUAGCAUGAAUGGGAUUCCUAUGCAGGUUUCUGUGGCUCUCGGACUUCUUGUUUCUGAAUUAAGUGAGGAGCCGUGGAAAGGGAAGCUUAUUACGUUUAGUGCAAACCCAGAGCUGCAGAUGGUGAGAGGAGAUGAUCUGAAAUCAAAGAUUGCAUUCAUGAAAAGAAUGGAAUGGGGGAUGAACACUAAUUUCCAGAAAGUGUUUGAUCUGAUUCUUGAAGUGGCGUCAAAAGGAAAUUUAAGGGAAGAUGAGAUGAUCAAGAGGGUGUUUGUAUUUAGUGACAUGGAAUUUGACCAAGCUUCACGGACUCCUUGGGAGACGGAUUAUCAAGCUAUUCAGAGGAAGUUUACAGAGAAAGGAUACGGAGGAGUAGUGCCAGAAAUAGUGUUUUGGAAUCUUAGAGACUCACAUAGUACUCCAGUGACAAGGAAGCAGAAAGGGGUGGCACUUGUCAGCGGGUUUUCAAAGAAUUUGAUGACCUUGUUCAUGGAAGGAGGAGGAAGUUUGAACCCUGAGGAUGUCAUGGACAGUGCUAUUUCAGGGGAGGAGUACCAGAAACUGGUGGUGGUUGAUUAAUGUUUAAUGAAUUGUGUAUAAAAAAGAAUCGAAGCGUUAUGAGUUUUGCAUUUACAAUGUGAUGAUUGCAAACGGUUAAUGUCAUAUGAUAUUUCUAUCUACCUGUUGAGACAUAUUCCAAUUUUAUAGAAUGCUACUGCAAGAGAUAGACAUUAGAUACAGAGGCAUCAAAACUAAUUGUAUUAUUAUCACACUUUUAACUCAUGGUAUGCAAUGGUUCCCAUCAUAACAAAA